CUUCAGUCACUCCACUGUUUAUGGCUCGGGCGCAUGCGUCAAUCUUGUCGAAAGCUUCCUCUUGUCCUUCAAGUUUUGUAUUUUUGCUGCAAAUUAUUUUAGUUGUUCAAGAACUUGUAGGGUCUUGGUUUCCUUUGAUAGUAAACAUUUGGUUAGUGCCAUGAGACAGAGAAGGGAUAUUUCGUCUAUUGCUUGAAUUUCAGCGAAUGGAAACGCUUUGUUAAUUUAUCGCAGGAAAUUUGUCGCACCUGUACUUCUUCGAUAUUCCGUCGUAAAAACCGGUCACAUAACUUUUCACAGCAAUGCUCAUCAACAAAGUGGUUGUAUGUUUUGCAAGACAGCGGUCCAAGAAACGCCAUGAGGAAAGAAUUGACUCCUAAAAACAAUGGCAGAGACUGAAAAUCGAGUUUCAGAAGAUGGCAGAGCUUCCAAUGCAUUAGAAAACGGGUUUGUAUUGCCAUGGGGGCAGCCACCCGAACGCCAGACUUCCACAGCAGCCUAUGCAUUUGAUGUAACUCCCGGUGAGUUUGUUCUGAGGACGCUGUUUGCGGAAUUCACUGUUCUCGCCGAGAAGAAGAUCGAAACUAUUCUGAGCGAGCCUUUGGAAAGACCAUUGUCCAAGUCUCUUCAGAAAGGUGAAGAUCCUCAGUUUGACCAGUUGCUAAAUUCUCUGCAUAUCGUAGCAGAAUACAGUCUUCCAUCUCUUCUAAAGACUCUGUUUAAGUGGUAUGAGAAACAGCAAAACAGAACAGGGGAGUCAGAAACAGAUGGACAUAAAAGCAAGAUCUCAAUCACACGACCUAAAGGUGGCAGUGAGUCACCAAAACUCCAGAGUAAAUUCUACGUGUACACUAACAAAGACCAUCUUACAGAAAGACGAGAUCUUGCUGUGGACUUCUUGUUUUGUUUAGUUCUUAUUGAAGUCCUAAAACAGUUGCCUGUUCACCCAGUCGACGAUGAGUAUAUCCAGUACAUUCUGUCACUGGCAUUCAGGCAUUUUAAACAAAGAGAUAGUUAUACUGCUGCCCCAAGUGUGGCCAGUGGGGAAAUUAUUGCUGUCCUCUAUGCGGAGGUUGUUAGUGUGCUAGCUCAGGCUUGCUUUCUGCCUGUACGGAAGAGAUUUGUGGCUGAGUUCAAAGAGCACCAGAACAACCCUUCAUCCUUUGUGAAUAUUAUUUACGGAAUGAAGUAUUUAAGAAUUAAGUUAUAUCCAGUUGAAGAAUUGGAAGAGUCAUUUAAUUUUAUGAGGGAAUGUGCUGCCAUGUUUAUAGACUACAGGGACAAGGAAGUAAAGCAUGUAUUUGCUCUCAUGUUUGUGGAAAUCCUUCUUCCUGUGGCUGCAGGUGCUAAUAGAGAACUGAAUGUGCCAGCGCUGAAGGGCUUUGUGGACAUGAUGUAUCAUCAUACAUUUGAUCUUACAAAGAAGACCAGACACAGCCAACCCAUUUAUCCACUUGUGACUGUGUUGCUUUGUGUCAGCCAAAAAGCAUUCUUCCUCAGUAGUUGGCCAAGUUUCUUGAACAUGUGUUUGGGCACUCUCAAGCAAAGGGAUGUUAAGAUGCAAAAAGUAGCCAUGGAGUGUUUAUACAGAUUGGUUUGGUUAUCUCCUAGUGGAGCAAUUUAUGUCAUCGCCGUCUUUCCUAACCUUCCUUCAUUUCCCUCUAGCCGGCUACGAAGCAUCACUGAUGUGCUCUUUCCGCGGGGUUCCCGUGCUGUUAUUCCAAGGGAAGCCCCCAUGAACUACUUUGUGAAGAUUAUACAGUUUAUUGCUCAGGAGAAGCUGGACUUUGCCAUGAAUGACAUCAUCUUUGAUUUACUUAGUAUUGGCAGAACAACGAGGACCAUAAGCCCAGAGAGAAUGAACAUUGGUCUUCGUGCUUUUUUUGUUAUUGCUGAUGGCCUCCAAAGAAAGGGUGCUGAGGCACCAGCAAUGCCUACUUCCACUACAUCUUUACCAUCUGGCAAUACUGUGAGAGUGCGACGAGUAGCUUCCAUGAAGAAUCUGACCGAGAGUCAAGCAAGCAGUAUUGGACUAGCAAACUAUUACCACAGCAUUCGGAAGGCACUAGAUAGCAUCAUAAGAGCAUUAGAUUCGCAAGUUGGUAGGCCCAUGAUGAUGACAAACCCACAUUGUUCUCACAAGGAGCCAGAGGAAGUUGCUGCGGGUGAACGAAAACCAAAGGUUGAUCCAAAAAUUGAGUUGUACAGGACUUGUAUUGCCGCCAUACCAAGGUGCAUUCCUGAAGGCAUGACUAAAAUGGAACUUGUGGAUCUUCUUUCCCGUCUAACUGUGCACAUGGAUGAAGAAUUGAGAGGGCUGGCCCUUUCAUCUCUUCAAUCACUAGUGCUUGACUUUGCUGAAUGGAGAGAAAUCACUGUCUUAGGCUUCAUCAACGUUAUUCUGCGUGAGAUCCAAGAUAACCUGCCGUCAUUGCUGGACAGUGCACUGCGCAUGUUGUUACAACUGCUAGCUCACUGGAAGACUGCCGUCUCUGCUGGUCCUGGAGAUAAGCCUGGACAAGAUGCGCAGCUGGAAUUGUCUGCCCACAGUCUGCCAAGUGACAAGGAAGUUGACAGGAUAACUGUUCUUCACAGUGUGGAAGGUUUUGCCCUCGUUAUGCUGUGCAGUAUUUACCCUGUGAUACGAAAGCUGGCCUUUCUUGUGCUGAAGGAAGUCAGAGUUUUAUGCAGCUUAAUGGAUCUCACUGACAAGGAAAAAUCUGAGAAAGUUGUGCUUGAUGUGGUAGACCAAGUGUUUCCAACAGUCCUUGAGAAAGUUCUGCAUUCCACUCCACAGAGUGAGAAGCUCUUCUCAGGACCUUUGAGUAAUGUGGACAUCUUAAUUGUGAAUGAGCGUUUGUCAGGCAACAUGGACAAGGAGACAGGAGAACAACUGAAUGUCGCAUUGCAUAGCCUGUUCUGGUCAUCACUUAUGGCAGGCCUUCUUAACAAGUGGUAUCUGCCUGAGCUUUGUCCCUCUGCUCUGCAAUACAGUUGGCCUAAUGUCUUCAAUCGCCUUCUCACUGUUUACUCGUUAAUUGAUUCAGGUGCUUCUGGAAUAGAUUCCAUCACCAGUCUAUCAUCUGUGUACAGCAGAGGACCAAAGAAAACCAUGAACAUGAACCAUGUGUGCUUGUUUAGAAAUUACCUGAUAUUUGCCUGUUGCGCUUACCCUCGAUCACCUCCGCUCAGAAGCGACUCUCCAGAACAGGACGGAGGAGCAUCAUCAGAAGGUUCAGAAACCAAGGGCGAUUCCAGACCCCCUUCUCCUAGCAUGGUUGACAGUUUAUUCCGUUUUGCUGUUCCACUGCUGAAGAGUGACUGUUCUGAUAUUAGGGAGGCAGUCAUCGUUGGGCUUGGUAGAACUAGCCCGUGUUCUUACAGAGAGUUACUUGAAGAACUUCACUUUCUCCUCCGCGAGGUCCUUGAUAGACGUGCAGAGGGCGUUAGACGAAGAAGAAAGCGAGAUGUUCUGAGAGCAUAUGUGGUUAGGAUAUUUGAGCUCAAUGCUGAGCAUGGCUGUUUCAGUGACAGUGCCAGUGAGCUUGCUUUGGAGGAUGGGUUACAUCCAAUAUUUAUCGAAUACAUUGAAGGAACAAGGUCUUACUUGGAAAGUGAAAGCGAGAAGGACAUGCCGGCCAUCAUGCAGCUGCGAGUUCACUUUGCCCAUUUUCUUUACAAAAUGAUCACCUCGGUUCCUGCUUCUCUUCAGAGGAAUCUUCUGCCUGAUGACAUGCGUUGCAACCUGUUUUUCCAGUUUAGUAGCUGGUGUGCUCACUUUGGAGUCAAGGCCGCUCGACAUGAAAAAAUCUCACUUGUUCCAAGUGCGCAAAGCAAUGAUUUGGAGCUGGCUUCCCUUCAUGCUAUGUGUGGCUUGUUACAGUGUGGUCCUGUUUUUGAUCCUAAUGGGCUUAUCACUGGAGGGUAUCUUUACAACUGGUUACAGACAGUUCUCAACUCACCUAAGGAAAAGAUCCAUCAGCUGGGAUAUGCUACACUUGUACAUCUUCUGGAGAACAACGCUAACAUCCCGUCCUUACUCCACUGGGUAAUAGACAAGUGCUACACUGGUGCGAGGCUGGUGGUCAGCGGCUGUUUCAAAGCUCUAGUUUCUGUUUUUACCAGAAGUGAGUAUCCUUGUGAAAUGAUACCUAUUCUGAAUGUGGUGCUGUUUAAAACUGCUGAUUCUUCACUGGACAUCCGAGAGAAGGCGGCUCAAUUGCUUCAGCUUCUUGAAAGGCGUUUCUUUCCUUUUACAACACCAAGCUUGUCUUGUGCGUUCCGUUGUUCUUACUCACAGUGCCAAAGGACAUUAUCUCAAGCGCUGGCCACAGCACACCCUGAAAUCACCGUCCACAUGUUUGAAGAGAUGACCGCCAGGUUUGAGAUGACAUCACUCGUGGGUCAGCGGUGUAUUCUGCAGUACAUGCUCCCGUGGUUAGCGAACAUCGAGCUGGUCGACUUGUCAAACGCCUCUCCCACUCCCCCUGAGUUGAACAUAGAGACAGAAGAAGAAGAACAGAGCGGUGCCAUGUCUCCUGUAGAGCUAGAGGGGGAGGGGUGGGGGUCUGUUGAAGCUACACAAUUGGUGCUUAACAAUCUGUUCUACAUUACUGUUAAGUAUGACGAGCAGUUCUCUAAAGAGAUCGAGGAGGCCUGGGGCAACUUAUGUGGCAGUCGAUGGGUGAACAACCUGCAUGAGAUACUGGCUUAUCUCAUAGCGCUUGCUGGCGUCAUUGGUAGUUCAGAAGUACUUGUUCAUGCCAAGAAGCUUGCAGUGUAUUUGGCGCGUGCAAACCAACACAAGACCGUCGAGGAACUCAUGGAAGAACUGAAGCUUACAGAGACCGUGGCAUCUCAGUUUGAACGCUGUGACGACGCGCCGUUUUUUCGUCCGCUGCAAAAGUCGUCCACCAGUCGGGACUCGGUCAGUGACGUCACCCCAAGGGAAGGGACGAGGUCAUCAACUCAAAAGGAGACUGGGCUCCAGGCGAAAGCUUCCAAAGAAGACACGAAAACAGAAGAAGAACUAUCAAGAAAAGAAUCCAGGGACGAAAGAAAGGAAUCAAGAGAAGAGAGACGAGAUACUGCCAAGGAUGACAGGAAGGAAAAAGGCGACUCGCUUCCGAGAGGUGUAGACAGUGGUCUUACGUCUGAGCCUCUGGAAACCACUGUGCCACUAGCAGAGCCUGAAGAGGAAGAUCCGAUUGUAGAGGGAGAGAAACCCGAGGGGGCCUGGGCUCAUGAAUGGGUCAUCAUGGCACAUAGGCUUGUUAGUGCUGGUGUGACUCUCUCAUUACCAGUCCCUGAGGGAGAGAAAUAUUUUGCGCCUCUUCCUGAUAUUCUGCCGUUUGCACCGUAUGUGGCUUCACUGUACAGGUGUAAUUUUGCUCUGAUGCUGCUAGCUGAAGUAGUUCUUGACCAAGCUUCAGUGGAUUGGGAGAAACAUCUUCCUCUCAUGCUUCAUGUUAUUUUCCUUGCUCUGGAUCACGGCAAAGCCUUGGUUUACGAACACAGCAAGAGAUUAUUAAUCAACCUCAUCAUUGUACUGGUGUGCCGAGGGGAUCACGUAUCUUUAGCCCAAUCCCUCUUCAACUUCAUCACAAUUUCCGAACAGGGUCUUGGCAAGCAUGGCCUGUUAAAAUCCUCCUGGACACUUGAUGUCGGUAACAUCGUAGGUGUAGCUGGUUCCAGUGCAGGCGCUGGGGCUGGUGCCGAGUAUGAAAGACAGGGUCCUUCUGUGGAGAGUAAUGGUGCUGGUGCAGGCGCUAGCACAUCCGGGUCUGCUGCUGGCAGCAGUUCUCUGGAACAAACUCUACCACCUGAGGAAAACACUGCUAAUAGGCUUGUGGAGCAGAUCCAAGAACUGAUUGAAUUUUUAGCCAACAGCGAUUGUAAACCUCUCUGGGCGUUUGAAGAGAUCACUCCUCGUUCAUAUAAAAUCAAGAGCGCCGAGCAGUUAGAGCUUUUUGUAGCGUCAGUUGUACAGAUUUUCCAAGCGUCCGAUCACGGCAGUAAAGUACAGGAGAAAAUGGCUCAGGUAGCUCUCCAGUGGGCCACUUCAUGCUCCUCAAGGCACUAUGCUGGCAGGUCCUUCCAGGUGUUCAGAGCUCUGAAGGUACCUUUCUCUUGGUCCAUGCUGUCAGAUGUGCUCUCCAGGCUGGUGGAGUCUGUUGGCGAUGGUAGUGAAGACGUGCAGGGUUAUGUCAUGGAAAUCCUUCUGACACUAGAAGCCGCUUCUGAUUGGACAAUCGUGGACCAAUCAAACACGACCGAGUUGUCAAGUAGCCUGGAUUUUGGGCUCACGUCUCACUUGGAAGAUGAAAAAGAAGACUUUGUUGAUGGAAUCAACUUAAACAUUUUGAGUUCAAACGUUGGAUCGGUUAGUCCACUGACAAGAAUUAGACAUGGCGGGCACAUUCGUUCUCUCAGUAGUGGCUGUGAGAUGAAAAGGCACUCUUCUCUUUUUAAUCAGUUCGGACGCCUGAACGGCAGCAGAGAUGAUCCUCAUCUCAGAACAAGAAGCGUCAGUGUACAGUGUCUAAAGACACCUUCUGAGGCCAUCAAUCCUCAGAGUCAAGCAGACAUGGUGACCCGAGUGUUUUGGAUCGCUGUCUCGUUACUCGAAUCUGAUUAUGAACAUGAAUUCCUUAUGGCUAUUCAUCUGCUCAACAAGGUUAGUAUCUCAUUGUAUUGUAUUGCGAAGCCAAAACUAACGUCCUUUCGUGGUUUGUACGUCAGUGUACAGUGUCUAAAGACACCUUCUGAGGCCAUCAAUCCUCAGAGUCAAGCAGACAUGGUGACCCGAGUGUUUUGGAUCGCUGUCUCGUUACUCGAAUCUGAUUAUGAACAUGAAUUCCUUAUGGCUAUUCAUCUGCUCAACAAGGUACUGUCUUUUCUGGACUUGAGUCAACACGAUUCCAGGGAAAAACUCGACAAAGUUCUACACAGGCUCAAGUGGAAUGAUUUUCCAGGACUACAAGCACUGCUGCUCAAGGGUGUAACGAACACAGCUACUUCUGAGCCUUCUCUUCACCUGCUGUCCAAACUUACUGUGUUCUCAAACGUUAGUCUGGUGGAUCCGUCCCAGGCCGCAGGUUUUGCACUCAACGUGCUGGCCUUGUUGCCGCACAUGCUGGAACAUUUUGACGAACCUGACGAGUUUAGCAAGACAUGUGCUCAUAAUAUAGUGCAGGUUUGCAACAGUUCAGGGAAUCUCGCUCAUUUAGGCAAGCUGUUCGAGAUGUACAUUGAGAAAUCCUAUCACAGGCCACGGUCCACGUGGCUUGACUCGGUCUGCAGAUACAUCAAUGAUUCCUUUGGACAUCUCACGAGAUCACAUAUCACUUUCCUGCUAGAGGUUUUAGAGCGUGGUCCCCCAGUGUACCAUCAAGUUGUGCUGGGCAUGCUGUGUGCUCUGAUGAGACUGGCAGACUUCUCAUCGCCAGCCAUGAGACACUUCCAGAAUGAAGCACUCAAAACAAUAGCCAAGUAUCUCAAGGGUAAUCUGUGGAAAGAGUCGCUGGACAUUCUAAAGAUGGCCGUGUCCCACUCCUCUCAUCUUGAUACACCUCCUCCGCGGCCUGCCAGCUCUGUCUGGACUGCAUACGACAGCUCCUGGUCCGCAGAGGCCAUGAUGAUAAAAAAAGACCUUCCAGGGAGGACUCUGGACUUUACCUUUGACCUGUCUACCACCCCGGUGAUAGGACGGCGGGUCACGACAGAGAACCCAGUGGAGCAUGGGAAGGAGAACAAAGUCCUGUCCCCUGUGGCCACAGUGGAUUUGUCGGCUUGGAGAAAACCUCAUCUUUCACAGCGUCGUACUCGUGAACGCCUCGUGAACGUCUUGACGACAUGUGGUCACACGGUAGGCUUAAAGCAGAGCCCAUCUGUUGUGUUCAGCUCGAGCAGUGACCUGGCAGUGGAGAAGCAAGGCGCCGGACAACAGCCAUCAUCUGAGGAGGCGUCACUGGCUGAAGGGCUGACUAAUGAGCCUGGCAAGGAUGAACUCGAACCACAACAGAUAAGUGUGCUGACAAAUUUCGACUUCUUGUACGACGACGAGGCCGAAGACGUGUCGUGGGGGCCUGAGUACGAGGAUCGGCGCUUAUCCUACUGUAGCUUGGACGUGGGAAGUCUGGAUCGAGACAUGAAAUCCAACCUGCAGACUCUUGAGUGUCUGUCGGGCAGUGAGCAGGAUCUGACUCCACACGACUCCUCUGACGAUGACGAUGAGCUUGCUCGUUCCUUAACUGCUAGUGCGCUGACCGUAGUUACCGACAACUCCACAGCGCUGGAAAGCUCGUCGGAGUCUUCACCUAACGUGACUGUAAUUGUGAUUGACAGUGACGUUAAGAGUCAGGAACAGGGAAGAGAGAGCCGCAGUCCAUCUGUCGAGAGCUCGGACUCGUUACCAGGCGCUUCGGAAACCAGCUACUCGUACAAGCUGUUCGCCGUCACUGAGAUCACGUGGGACUCACGCGAUGAGCCCGAGAAGCUAUGGACAGCCCACGUGGGUGCCUUGGUGAAAGACACCACAGGGGUUAUUGCUGUCAACACUUUCUCCUUGUUCUGUUGUCUGUACAAGAACACGCGCAGAAAAUUCUACAGUUUGACACGAGAAUGCUGUAACUAUCUGGUGGAGGAUAAAUUCCGAGAUGUGGCCCAGCACUUCUCUAACACCUUGGAGUUUUUAGUGUCCCGAGGCGAUUGUCCUUUCGUCUGCAUCGAUACAGAGACGCUAAACCGAACAAAGCUGCUUGAUAGGCACAAGUUUGCAGUCUUGGAACUUCAUUCACAUUUCUCAAGCUACGUACAAAAGAGCGAGCGGACGCUGGAGUGCCUAGAUGAGAUCAAACUGGCGGUGAAGCGAUCUUCUGUUGGGUCACACCACGAGGACCCCGAGACUCGGCUGUCACCAGAUCCUGAGAAUCAAGAGGCGAGACAGGUGCAGCUAUGUCGCUGUCUGUACAAGGCACAUUUUCAAUUCUUACUCUUCUGUAGCACUUACGCCCGGCUCUUGGAAUCUCUGGUACAAGCAGCUCGGCAGGCCGAGGUCAACGAUUUAACACAGGAGGUGAGCGAGUUUCGCCGAGAGGUGUCCUCUGUUCUGGAGCACCCCAUCUCGGAGGACAGCGCCUUCAUCAAAAGUUACUUGGACGACAAACCCCUCACAAGAGACUCCGCUGUUCAACUGCUCGUGGACAAGCUGUCCGGUCGGGAGAUCGAACGUUCCAUCCUUCUCGUGCGAGCUUUUAGAGAGAAGCUUGACGGUGAAGCGUUUGGUAGUUCAGACGAAGACAACUUGGACUGUCUGGUGUCUUUUUAUUGCAAGCAGGUAGCGGAGAAAAAUGUCGGCUCUCUGGUCAUGUCAGGCCCGUUACAGACCUUCGCGUCGUUAUGCAGGGAUCUGAUGGAAGUCAACGUUGCUAUUCUUGCCGCCGUUGAGGAUUUAAACUCUUACGUCAGUGUACAGUGUCUAAAGACACCUUCUGAGGCCAUCAAUCCUCAGAGUCAAGCAGACAUGGUGACCCGAGUGUUUUGGAUCGCUGUCUCGUUACUCGAAUCUGAUUAUGAACAUGAAUUCCUUAUGGCUAUUCAUCUGCUCAACAAGGUACUGUCUUUUCUGGACUUGAGUCAACACGAUUCCAGGGAAAAACUCGACAAAGUUCUACACAGGCUCAAGUGGAAUGAUUUUCCAGGACUACAAGCACUGCUGCUCAAGGGUGUAACGAACACAGCUACUUCUGAGCCUUCUCUUCACCUGCUGUCCAAACUUACUGUGUUCUCAAACGUUAGUCUGGUGGAUCCGUCCCAGGCCGCAGGUUUUGCACUCAACGUGCUGGCCUUGUUGCCGCACAUGCUGGAACAUUUUGACGAACCUGACGAGUUUAGCAAGACAUGUGCUCAUAAUAUAGUGCAGGUUUGCAACAGUUCAGGGAAUCUCGCUCAUUUAGGCAAGCUGUUCGAGAUGUACAUUGAGAAAUCCUAUCACAGGCCACGGUCCACGUGGCUUGACUCGGUCUGCAGAUACAUCAAUGAUUCCUUUGGACAUCUCACGAGAUCACAUAUCACUUUCCUGCUAGAGGUUUUAGAGCGUGGUCCCCCAGUGUACCAUCAAGUUGUGCUGGGCAUGCUGUGUGCUCUGAUGAGACUGGCAGACUUCUCAUCGCCAGCCAUGAGACACUUCCAGAAUGAAGCACUCAAAACAAUAGCCAAGUAUCUCAAGGGUAAUCUGUGGAAAGAGUCGCUGGACAUUCUAAAGAUGGCCGUGUCCCACUCCUCUCAUCUUGAUACACCUCCUCCGCGGCCUGCCAGCUCUGUCUGGACUGCAUACGACAGCUCCUGGUCCGCAGAGGCCAUGAUGAUAAAAAAAGACCUUCCAGGGAGGACUCUGGACUUUACCUUUGACCUGUCUACCACCCCGGUGAUAGGACGGCGGGUCACGACAGAGAACCCAGUGGAGCAUGGGAAGGAGAACAAAGUCCUGUCCCCUGUGGCCACAGUGGAUUUGUCGGCUUGGAGAAAACCUCAUCUUUCACAGCGUCGUACUCGUGAACGCCUCGUGAACGUCUUGACGACAUGUGGUCACACGGUAGGCUUAAAGCAGAGCCCAUCUGUUGUGUUCAGCUCGAGCAGUGACCUGGCAGUGGAGAAGCAAGGCGCCGGACAACAGCCAUCAUCUGAGGAGGCGUCACUGGCUGAAGGGCUGACUAAUGAGCCUGGCAAGGAUGAACUCGAACCACAACAGAUAAGUGUGCUGACAAAUUUCGACUUCUUGUACGACGACGAGGCCGAAGACGUGUCGUGGGGGCCUGAGUACGAGGAUCGGCGCUUAUCCUACUGUAGCUUGGACGUGGGAAGUCUGGAUCGAGACAUGAAAUCCAACCUGCAGACUCUUGAGUGUCUGUCGGGCAGUGAGCAGGAUCUGACUCCACACGACUCCUCUGACGAUGACGAUGAGCUUGCUCGUUCCUUAACUGCUAGUGCGCUGACCGUAGUUACCGACAACUCCACAGCGCUGGAAAGCUCGUCGGAGUCUUCACCUAACGUGACUGUAAUUGUGAUUGACAGUGACGUUAAGAGUCAGGAACAGGGAAGAGAGAGCCGCAGUCCAUCUGUCGAGAGCUCGGACUCGUUACCAGGCGCUUCGGAAACCAGCUACUCGUACAAGCUGUUCGCCGUCACUGAGAUCACGUGGGACUCACGCGAUGAGCCCGAGAAGCUAUGGACAGCCCACGUGGGUGCCUUGGUGAAAGACACCACAGGGGUUAUUGCUGUCAACACUUUCUCCUUGUUCUGUUGUCUGUACAAGAACACGCGCAGAAAAUUCUACAGUUUGACACGAGAAUGCUGUAACUAUCUGGUGGAGGAUAAAUUCCGAGAUGUGGCCCAGCACUUCUCUAACACCUUGGAGUUUUUAGUGUCCCGAGGCGAUUGUCCUUUCGUCUGCAUCGAUACAGAGACGCUAAACCGAACAAAGCUGCUUGAUAGGCACAAGUUUGCAGUCUUGGAACUUCAUUCACAUUUCUCAAGCUACGUACAAAAGAGCGAGCGGACGCUGGAGUGCCUAGAUGAGAUCAAACUGGCGGUGAAGCGAUCUUCUGUUGGGUCACACCACGAGGACCCCGAGACUCGGCUGUCACCAGAUCCUGAGAAUCAAGAGGCGAGACAGGUGCAGCUAUGUCGCUGUCUGUACAAGGCACAUUUUCAAUUCUUACUCUUCUGUAGCACUUACGCCCGGCUCUUGGAAUCUCUGGUACAAGCAGCUCGGCAGGCCGAGGUCAACGAUUUAACACAGGAGGUGAGCGAGUUUCGCCGAGAGGUGUCCUCUGUUCUGGAGCACCCCAUCUCGGAGGACAGCGCCUUCAUCAAAAGUUACUUGGACGACAAACCCCUCACAAGAGACUCCGCUGUUCAACUGCUCGUGGACAAGCUGUCCGGUCGGGAGAUCGAACGUUCCAUCCUUCUCGUGCGAGCUUUUAGAGAGAAGCUUGACGGUGAAGCGUUUGGUAGUUCAGACGAAGACAACUUGGACUGUCUGGUGUCUUUUUAUUGCAAGCAGGUAGCGGAGAAAAAUGUCGGCUCUCUGGUCAUGUCAGGCCCGUUACAGACCUUCGCGUCGUUAUGCAGGGAUCUGAUGGAAGUCAACGUUGCUAUUCUUGCCGCCGUUGAGGAUUUAAACUCUUAGCUUGAAUUCCUUUAGAUUCUUUGCUGCUGAUGUUGUACGCACCAUGUUGGGAAGGUAGUCUUGUUUUCCCUCGAAUUUUCUUUGUGUCCUGAUUUCCAAUGUUUAGAAGAUGUUUUUCUCGUUCAGCACAGAGAUACUUACAAUUAAAUGACAUGUCAAGCCAAUUUGUAAGGCUAGUAGAAAUGGGAAGAAAUAAGCUUUUUGUAUUGGCUCAUAGAUGUAGAGGACGCAAUUCAGUCAGAUUAUUUAGGGUUUCAAAGUGUAUAGUGUAGAUUUUGGUGGUUUGGAGGAGGUAAUUAAUGUGUUUUUUGUAAUCAGAGAUAACCAUUUGCAAGAGAUUAACUGUGCUCAUUGUUUAAAGAGAAUAACGAGAGCAUGAAACAUUUUAAUGAAAGAUUUUUUUCUGGAUCAUUAUUUGGAUUGUAUAUUUAUUAUGCCUGGCCUUUAAGCGGUAUCUGAGGUCAUGUGUAAAUUUAUUGUGGCUGCAAGCAGGUUUAAAUUUGUCGUAAUAGGUUAACCGUUUAAUCCCAGUAGUGAGUAGAUUAAUUUUUUCAGGCUGACUAUCACCGGCGAUUGCCAUUAAAUUUCUCUUUACAUUUUCCGUAAUUUUCUAUGGCUGUUCCUGGGAGAAUUUAGUUUGUACCAACUUGAAUUUGUUACAUAGGGUAAGUCAAUCGCGAAAAAUAAUAGCAAGACUCGCUCUGAUACGGUUGAAGUAGUGAGAUUAUUUAAAUUAUUUUAAUGUGGUCUUUAUUUCAUCAUAGCGAGAAAAAAAACAAAUGAAUUAAAGGUGAAAAUGAAGUAACA